AUGGUCUUUCCCCGUAAGUCUGACGCCAUCGAUGCUUUGGGUGAGCUAGAGGAGUUGGAGUCGGGGGUAUCGUUUGACCCUGAGAACGAGGACUGCGAUCGAUAUGCAAAGCGCUUGCGUGGCGAGUCCUUAGCUGAUACCUCUGUGGGUCCUGCGGAUGUGGGUUCUCCUGGGGCUGGUUCUGCUGCGCCUCCUGAGACGUCGGAGCCGGUGGAUUUCGCGCGGAUGCCUACCUUCUGGGAGGUUGAUCCGUUUCCUGGCGAAUUUGACGUGUCGGCUUUGGGCGAUCUGGAUUUCGGCGGUGGAAUUUUCUAA